UAUAUUUUUCUAAAUAGAAUUUUUACUGUUACAUACAUUUAAAAAAUGCUAAUAUUAUAAUUACGAUUAUAAUUGAUACUGCUAAAAGGAUCAUUUCCACGAUAACUUCACAUUUUUAGCGCAAACGUGCUACAUUCACGAUCCAUGAGAUCCAGAGAGAUGAAUGUUUCAUAAGCUCAAUAAAUCCACUCGGCUUUGUUGUCACUCGAUCUCCGCAUGUAACUUUAAAUGUUAUAAAUAAUUUGCGUAAAUUUCACGAGUAUGUGCGUCGAAGGGAAACAAACCGUCCAAAUUAUAACUGCUCCCUGCAAAUUCAACACCGUUAGUCCUGUCGUUAAACACGAACGAGCAGACAAUUCUGACUUGUGCAGAAAGAUCUCGGAUAAACCCAAUUGUUCUAGCAAGGACGAUUUGUCUCUUCAAUCAAUGGAUGUGAGCAAUGAGGAAAUUCCGAAUACAUUAAGCGCGACUGAAAAUUUAGGUGCCGAGAAAUAUGACACGUCCACAUUUGAAAGCAAUAUGAUUCAACAACUUCAAUAUGUCUCAUGGAAAUACAAAAAUCCGUAUAGCAUUUCUAUCAGUAAUCAUAUGAAUUACGGAAAAUCCACUCACGCAUUAGAGAACGUUCUCAAGGAAGACGAGCCCCAGGAAGGCAGAGCAAAGCGAAGUAUUCUCUCCAACUGUCGGGAGUAUUUAGCCACCUAUCAGGAAUCUUGCGGUACACCGCGUACCGAAUAUUCCUUCGCCGCGUUGAUCGUAGUAAUGGCUCAGGCUACGGCGCGAUCUCUGCUAGGACUGAUAUACAUAAUUCUCAAUGUCGCUCCCGUUAUCCAGAUGUUUUCUUUCAUACUGAGAUUCGUAUUGGACAAGAUAAUUGAUAUACGCAAGACCAAGAAUUUUCAGCAAGUUAUGGUGAAGCUCACAAUCUUUGUCGUACAAUUACUCGGCGUGUACGUUUGCCUUAUAUUUAUACUCGGUUUCAUCGUUCUGCCGAUCGUACAUAUGGCAGUUGGUAUUGCAACUAAAUUCGUGAUGCGCAAUUAGUAUGCAGUAUUGUAAAAUGCACGAAUAAAAUCGUGACGGUGCUACCCUUA